AUGUUGAUUGUUGAUGUCAGAUUAAGAGCAAACCUUCAGCUGUCUGCACUCGACAAGUCACAUCCAACAUCGUCGUUUCUAUUUUUGGCCGUCGAUGCGCUUUCACCUCGACGUUACGCUACUCUUCGCAGUGAACUGAUCCCAUGCACACAAGCUACAACUACACUUUCUAUGAAGUACUGGCUCAAAGCUGGCACUCAAGUCGAAAUAUGCGCUGUGGAUACCGAAGGUGUAAUGCUCAGCUGUGCUUACCUAACCGAAGAAGACUCACCAGGACCAAUUGAAAUCGAUGUCGAUCCGUACGAUCGACCUUUCAGGUUCACUCUGGAAAUGAUCGCAUUCGAUGAGGCCUCGAUUGGACUGGUCGCGAUAUCGGAUAUGCAUCUCAAAGGUCUACUAUGUUCUGAGGAGCCACCACCAAUUGUUACCACCAUCGAUCCACCAACGAUUGUCUCCUUGUUCGGUCUACAGCAAGGACCUGGUCCGAACAUUCCUUAUGCACUCGAUUUGAAUUGCGAUUUCUCUACAGACUACUGCAGUCAGUGGGUGAACGACGACGGCGUGGUGGCGUACGGUGUGGCACCGAAGAACAGCCUCAAGUUCCCGGUUCCCAACGAUAUUAAAGGAAAUGUGGCCACAUUCCUGCUGGAAGGUGCGAAAGUCUCCGUACUGCGUUCAAGGGAGGUGCCAUGCGCAACCAAUGCAAACGUCACUGUCACUUAUAUGAGAUCGGAGCACGCCAUGGUCCGUCUUUGUACUCUUGGUACUUGUGUGGACGGUGGUAAAACAUCCGGUGAGAUGACAAUACAAGCAUCAUCUACAGAACCUUUCGAG